AUGGCUGUCUGGGUGCUCCGAUCCAACGUCUGGGUGAUCACAGAUGGAUCACGGCUUCAGUCAUACACAGGCAGUCCGGGAAGUGUCUUCGUUGUUAUUCUCUUCUCUCGAGGCGCGAUGAUUUUUCAACUUUUUUUUAGAACUUUUUUCACGCCACUCUGUUACCUCCUCCUCUUCCUCCAGGGAAUUCCUGUGCUCUGUGAUAAACCGUCAUGGGCUCAUGGAAAUCAGACAGUUCAGCACGUUGGCACCUCAUCGGUUUGCCCGCAAAUUUUGAGCAAACAGCAAUGGGGUGGGCGUGCGCCACUCAAAGUCUUCUACACCAUCUUCCCAAUUGAAUAUGUUAUUGUCCAUCUUUGGGACAAUGGCACCUGCAAUAUGCAACGGAAAUGCGAAACAAUCGUUCAGAACAUUCAGAGCUACCACAUGAAUGAACUUAAGUUCGAUGAUAUUGGAUACAACUUUAUAAUUGGUGGAGAUGGGAGUAUUUUUGAAGGGGUUGGCUGGCACAGAAGGGGCUCACAUAAAUAUGGCUACAAUUAUCAGUCAAUUGGGAUCGCUUUGUUGAAGAAUAAUGACAAUUACGCGCCAACGAAGAAAUCCACUAAGUCGGCAAAAGAUCUCAUUGAGUGCGGCAUUGCCAUUGGUGAGCUGUUUAAAGACGUAAAAAUCUACGCUUCAGAGCAAGCACCCAGUAUCAUCUAUUCAGGAGAUCACCUCUUUGACGACAUAAAUUCCUGGUCACACUGGGCGUCAGAAGUCAAGACGGAACCCCACUAUAUGGCUGUCUGGGUGCUCCGAUCCAACGUCUGGGUGAUCACAGAUGGAUCACGGCUUCAGUCAUACACAGGCAGUCCGGGAAGUGUCUUCGUUGUUAUUCUCUUCUCUCGAGGCGCGAUGAUUUUUCAACUUUUUUUUAGACCUUUUUUCACGCCGCUCUGUUACCUCCUCCUCCUCCUCCAGGGAAUUCCUGUGCUCUGUGAUAAACCGUCGUGGGCUCAUGGGAAUCAUGGCCAUGGGAAUCCACAUGCAAAUCAACAUGGGAAUCAGGCAGUUCAGCACGUUGACACCCCAUCGGUUUGCCCGCAAAUUUUGAGUAAACAGCAAUGGGGUGGGCGUGCGCCACUCAAAGUCUUCUACAACAUCUUGCCAAUUGAAUAUGUUAUUGUCCAUCAUACGGUCAGUGGCACCUGCAAUAUGCAACGGAAAUGCGAGACACUCGUUCAGAACAUUCAGAGCUACCACAUGAAUGAGCUUAAGCUCGAUGAUAUUGGAUAUAACUUUAUAAUUGGUGGAGAUGGGAGUAUUUUUGAAGGAGUUGGGUGGCACAGAAGGGGCUCACAUACUUAUGGUUACAAUUAUCGUUCAAUUGGAAUCGCUUUCCUGGGGAAUUAUGAGAAUUACGCGCCAACGAAGAAAUCCACUCAGGCGGCAAAAGAUCUCAUUGAGUGCGGCAUUUCCAUUGGUGAGCUGUCGAAAGACGUAAAAAUCUACGCAGCAAAGCAGGUGCAGAGUACCCUCAGUCCAGGAGAGCACCUCUUUGAUGACAUAAAGACCUGGCCACACUGGGCGUCAGAAGUCAAGACGGAGGCCUAAAUGUAGAAAAUUCUCGCAGUUUUGCAAAGAGAAAUUUAAAAUAAAAAUGAAUUAAUAAAUACUCUCCCUCUCA